AUGGACCAUCUGGAGAGGUUCGAGGAUCUAGUUUCUGCUAUCAAAGCCAAUGGAGUUCCUGAGGACUAUAUGUUUUGCAAGCUCUUCAAGUACUCACUUGCUGGAGAGGCCUCACACUGGCUUAAGCAGUUACCACCAGGAUCUCUUACAUCCAGGGUCGAAAUCAAGAAUGCAUUCCUAUGCCACUUCUUUGAUGAGGCACACGCUGAAGACUUAAGGAGUAAUAUUGCUACAUUCACGAAGGAGCCUACAGAGUCAUUCAGAAGCUCCUGGAUCAGAUUAAAGUCAUAUCAGAGAGAUUGUCCACACCAUGGAUUCAAUCGAGUGCAGCUACUCAGCACUUUCUUCAGCGGCAUGGCAUAUCAGAUGGCUCUAGACUCAGCUAGGGAUGGAAACUUCAACACUAGGAAUCCAGAGGAGGCGAUCAGACUUAUUGAGAACUUGGCAUCCAACAACAGCACCAAGAACACUGAUUUCAAGAAGAAAAAAAUCACCCAUGCCCUAGGGAAGGAGCAGUUGGAAGAUGUAAAAGCUAAGCUGGAUAGUGUUCACAAGCUUCUCAAGAAACAAGUUAGCUUUGCAGAGGAUGUAGAAGCUGUACAUGUCAACAACGACAUGGACGAAGAGGAGGAUGUGAACUUUGUCAGUGGUUCAGGUUUUCAGAAUCAGAGGUCUGGAAAUCAGAGUGGAUACAGAAACUGCUAUGGCAAUGGCCAGAAGAGUGGAUACAACCAGAGUUCACAGUACCAGAAAACCUACAGCAGAAACUACAACAUCAGCAACAAACCUUAUGAAAAUUCAUACUACCAAAAUCAACCACAGCAGACUUGA